GAUUCAUAAACAUCCAAGAUGGCGGUGCGAGCUCGAUCGGAGAACAGAUUUCCUGUUUUCUGGCGGUAAAAUCGUUCAGAGCACCUCAGAAAAGUUUUUGUUGGGAACCUGUGUUACACGGAGAAAAGAAACUGCAGCUGGGAAACUGCAGCUGAGAAACUGCAGCUGAGACACUGCAGCUGAGAAACUGCAGCUGAGAAACUGCAACAGAGAAACUGCAGCUGAGAAACUGCAGCUGAGAAACUGCAGCUGAGAAACUGCACCUGAAAAACUGCAGCUGAGAAACUGCACCUGAAACUGCAGCUGAGAAACUGCACCUGAAACUGCAGCUGGGAAACUGCAGCUGGGAAACUGCAGCUGAGAAACUGCACCUGGAAAACUGCAGCUGGGAAACUGCACCUGAGAAACUGCACCUGAGAAACUGCACCUGAGAAACUGCACCUGAGAAACUGCACCUGAAACAGAAGUAGACAAUCCAUGGAGGGUUGAAGACAUUUUGUUGAAGUCUGUAUUUAUUUUAUGAGCACUGAAGUUAGAUAUUUCAUGGAGUGGUGAAGACAUUUUCUUGAAGCUUGUAUUUAUUUUAUGAGCACUGGGACGAACCAUGUUUGUGUGUAGGGUGUGAAGCAUGCGGAGAAUGCCUGCUAUGCCGGUGCAGAAUUCCCCCCUGUGUGACAUGUGGACCGUUCCAAGAUGGCCGCCCGUACGCAACUCGAACUUAUCCAGCAGCAGCGCGACCGCGGCCAGCGCUUCAGCAUGACCUCUGACCUGAUCCUGCCGCCGCGGGGGCAAGUGUUGCGUAACCGCCUCGUGCGGCGCGUUCCGCGGCUGAACCUGCACGACCGGGCGAACUCUGACACGAACCUCGCGCACCCGGACUUCCUGUCCCGCUCCAGUCUGUCCGUCAGCCGCUACGAGUACACGUUUGGCGUCGACGGCAGCCUGAUUGUCACCUGGGACAUCAAGGAGGAGGUCGGGGCUAAUGACUGGAUCGGACUUUUCCCUCUUAGUGAAAACUCCCCCAGUGGCUUCUGGGAUUACAAGAACCGUGGCGUCAACGGGACCCACAAGGGGCAGAUUGUCUGGGUGCUCGGCCCGGAGCCGCACUUCAACGAGUCGGUGACCAAAAUCUGUUUUAAGUACUACCAUGGAGCGACCGGUGCGCUUAGAGCGAUCACUCCCUCCAUCAGCGUCAAAAACCCUCAAGCACGGGCAUUUUCUGUCAUUCUGCAGGCUUCUGUGGGGGAAGAUGGGGAGGACCACUGCCGAUUGGUCAGGUUCACUAUAUCAGACCUCCACGCUCGGUACCUGAAGAAGGGGAUGUUCUUCAACCCUGACCCGUACGUGAAGAUGUCGAUCCAGCCAGGGAAGCGCGCGAGCUUUCCGCAGCUGACUCACGAUGGUCAGAACACGCGCACCAGCGUCGCCGAGAACACCAUCAGCCCCUCAUGGCACAGCGAGCAGUUCACCUUUGACGCCCUCCCCACGGAUGUUCUUGAGCUGGAGCUGAAAGACAAGUUUGCGAAGAGCCGCCCGACGAUAAACCGAUUUCUGGGGAAGCUGACCAUUCCUGUGCAGAGACUCAUCGAGAGAAACGCCAUCGGGGACGAAGUUUUGGCGUACAAUCUGCAGAGACGGUCGCCGUCCGAUCAUGUGACUGGACAGAUCAUAUUUCGUGUCGUGUUCCAUCACAGGAGCGAGGAAGGGGAAGAAGAGAUGCCGACCACCCCCAUUACCCCAUUGGAAUGUUCCCCGUCCAGACGGCACCUCCGACACUUCAACAUUCCCAGCGUCACCAACGGCCAAUCAGAGGACUCCACCGUUGCCCCCGACAACAGGACGACCUACAGCAGCAGCCCGGAGGACGAGCUGCCCGCCGGCGCGACCGAGGAGGCACUCAUCGAGGUCGUCAUGGAAACGAGGGACUUUUCCCAGCAGCACGACGGGGAUGUCAUGUACGGGGAGCUCAUGAACGGAACGGAUUUCCCGUCACUCGCGCCAAACCUGGACAGCUCAGCCAAUCAGGACAGCACAGGUUUGGCCAAUCAGGACUUGAAUAGCACAGGCCUGGCCAAUCAGGACGAGAGUAUGAUGACUCCACGUGCACCAAUGGCUGAAGAGGAGGAUGCUGUGUUUGAGGGAGUCAGUGGUGUUGAUGACCUCUCAGCUAGACGCCCCAGGGACGUGAGUUUAGGCGACAUUCUGGACCAGCUAACCCAGGAGGAGCCCGCGGCCCUGGAAGAGCCCACGGCGCAACCCAGGGGCAGUGCCAGCAGCCAGGAAGAGCCCGCGGCCCUAGCCCGUGGCAGUGCCAGCAUCAGCAGCCCAGAGGAGCCCACAGUGCGACCCAGGGAAAGUUUCAGCAGCCAGGAAGAGCCUGCGGCCCUGGAAGAGCCCGUGGCGCGACCCAGGGGCAGUGCCAGCAUCAGCAGUCUGCUGGACCGAGUUUCCAUCAGGAACGACCCCGAGUUCCUGCUGGACGUGGACCAGCUGGCUUACAUCGACGAAAACAACGACGUGUUUCACGAUGCAGUGGAAACCCCCAGUCUGCCUUGUCGGACAGACUCCUCAGAACCCCCUUUUGACCCUCCUGGUGUCACAGAACCCCCCUUUGACCCUCCUGGUGUCACAGAACCCCCUUUUGACCCUCAUGAUGUCACAGAACCUCCUUUUGACCCUCCUGGUGUCACAGAACUCCCUUUCGACCCUCCUGGUGUCACAGAACCCCCUUUUGACCCUCCUGGUCUCUCAGAACCCCCUUUCGACCCUCCCGAAACCAGAGACAUUUCCACAAACACCUCCCCAACCCUGGACUCGCCCACAUCAGCAGUUUUGCUGGAGACUCUCGAUGCACAAAUCUCUUCUCAACUAGACACACACUAUCAAAUGGACCCACACCUUCCUAAUGUAGACCCAGAUAUCUCUAACACAGACUCAACAGAAGUACAAGAUAUGGACCAUAGGCUGUCUUAUAGAGAAUCAAAUCUCUCCAAUUCAGAACCACAUUCCCUACAUAUAGACCCGCAACAACCUGAUAUAGACCCCAGAGUCCCUAAUGUUGACCUACAGCUGUCUGAUGUCCUUUGUGAUGAGAACAGCCAGAGAGCAGAUGGUGCAGAUGUGACUGUAGAAACAGAUAUAACUGCAGAUGGUGAUGUUACUACAGAUUCAGUUACUGCUGAUGGUGAUAUUCCAGAUACAAAUGUUACAGAAGAUGCAGAUGUUACAGCAGAUGCAGAUGUUACAUCAGAUACAAAUGUUAUAGCGGAUAAAGAUUUAACUGAAAAUGCAGCUGUUACAGCAGAGGAUUCAGCAGAUGCUACAGCUAAUGCAGAUGUAACACAAGACGCAGAUUCUACAGCAGAUGCAGAUGUUACAGCAGAUGCUGAUGCAGAUGUUAUAGCAGAUGUUACAGCAGAUUCUACUGCAGAUGCAGAUGUUACAACAGAUGCUGAUGCAGAUGUAGCUACAGAUGUUACAGCAGAUAUUACAACCGAUGCAGAUAUUACCGCAGAUGCCUGUGCGUAUUCCGUAGCGUCUGCGCCCAGCCUGCAGGCCAGCCUGAGUCUGCCGGAGACGGACGCCGACCUCAGCCCGACCUCCGAGCGACGCGGCUCGCAUGCUAGGGUGGACACCAUGGAACUCAUCGCGGAGAUCGACAGCUACGUCACCUCGGUAACGCAGACGCGACGCCGACAGCUCAGCUCAGUACGCUCCGACAGCGUGAGCAGUCGGCGGAACCCGUCCACGGAUAGCGACUCGACCUCCAGCACGGACACGUCUUCCCGACAGAGCACGGACUCCGCCUCCAUGCUCAGCCUCCAGGAGCGCCGAAGGUCACUCAUUCGCCAGAACGCGGCCCGGACCUCCGUGGAGCGCGCAGAGUCGCACGAAGUCUUCCCGCUCGAAGGACUCGGCCAGAUCGCUGGUAGGACGUCUGUAGAACGUGCCGAAUCACAGGAAGUCUUCCUGGCAGAAGGCUCGGGUCUGGAUUCGAGUAUUGUCAGUAAUGGGUUUCACCCGGACAGCACACUGGACAGUACAGGGUUCCGGCAGGACAGCGUAGUGGACAGCAUCGGCACCUUCGGAAGCUCGCUGGACCACGCUGACAUUGAGGAUGGUGGCGACCUGCCCUCUGACCUGCGACCCCUGCCCUCCGACCUGCGACCCAUGCCUGACGGGGAGACGAGCGUGAUCGUUGUGGAGGACACGAGCGGUUGUCAUGACAACAGCGAGGACAGCGAGAACGACUCGGGGGUCGUCCAGGACAACCUGUCGCUGGGGCCUGAUGAUGUCAUCGUGGGAACAGACCAAUCGGCUGUGGGCGCGAAAACGUUCCGUCCGCGGAUCCACUCGUCGGUUCGCUCGGAGAGUUACCUGAUCGCCACGCGGCCGGACACGCCCAUCCAGCAGCGCCGAGGCCGCAUUACCGUGCCAACCGGGGACGCCAGCAGCCAAUCAACACCCAGCACCAGCCGCCAGGCCAGUCUGCAUGAGGAGGAGGAUGGAGCGGACACAGCAGCCCCUGGCAACGAGGAACCUGACACCACCGGGCUGGAACCCGGCACCGCCGGCCGUGAGGAACCCGACACCGCGGGGCGAGCCGUGCUGAUCGAGCGGAGCGGAACGCCCGGGGGAACUGCCGAGAGGGUCAGCACAGGGUCAGACCCAGGGCAGACUUCUCCUGCAGCUGAUGGCCAAGUGGAGGACCAGUCUGCAUCUGCCCACGCCCUUAUUUGGGAGCGGCGCCCAAGUGCGAGUGUGGAGAGUUCUGACUCCCAGGAAGCACCUGGGGCCGGGAACGGAGCGUCUACAGGUGAGCAGGUCUCAGGUGUUCUGUUUCUUACAGUGGCAGGUGCAGCAGCUGAAAAUGCCAGCCUUCCAGAUGCGCCCUGCUCCCCCCUCCCACAGAAUGGUGUAAGCCAGGAGCCGGCUGCCGUGCGGGAACCUGUGAGGGCAAGGGUCACCCUUCCCACGUUGCCGCGACAACCACGAGCCAAUGAGAGAGCGAAUGUGAUGUACCCUCGGGUGGAACCCCCACCUGGGGUGGAGCCGCUGCCAACACACUGGGAAGCGAGGGUAGACAGCCACGGGCGAGUGUUCUACAUCGACCACGUGAACCGCACCACAACCUGGGAACGACCCCGGGGGAACGUGUCCGCCCAGGCGCUGCAGAGGUCAAGCUCCAUCAACGAGGAACAGCAGAGGGCACAGCUGGACAGGAGAUACCAGAGCAUCCGUCGCACCAUGACAGAAGAGGAGGAAACCGUGGAGGAAGGAGCAGCGGGAGGGGUCAGAGGCCCAGCUGACGGGAUGGACAGUAGUGACCAGCCCUCGCCCCGGUCCGAGCGCCGGACGCUGCUCCAGUCUCCGGCCGUCCAGUUCCUCACCAGCCCAGAAUUCUUCAACAUCCUCGGCAGUAAUGUGACUGCAGGCCACCUGUACUCCCACAGCCCGUGUCUGAAGCACAUGAUUGGGAAGAUCCGGCGUGACCCGGCCAUGUUCGAGCGCUACCAGCACAACCGCGACAUCGUCACGUUUCUCAACAGCUUCGGAGACACGAACCAGGACCUGCCACGGGGCUGGGAGAUGAAAUAUGACCGAACUGGCAAGAUGUUUUUCAUUGAUCACAAUUCGAGAACGACGACCUUUAUUGACCCCCGCCUGCCGUCCUCCGUGGUUCUGAGUCCGCAUCACGCGCCGAGCAUGGACUUCCUACAGGUGCCCGGGUCGCGAUCACGAAGCCACAGCGCUGGGGAGGAUGAAAUUAGAAGAAGCAGCAUCAACAUCACAGUACGAGCCCCAGUGCCCCCUCCGCGGCCGAGGGAAACCCUGACAAGGUCGUUGGGGUCGGGUUACUCUGCACAGCCGGCAGCCGACGUGCCUCUGGCCUACAGCGAUAAGGUUGUGGCUUUCCUGAGACAGUCCAACAUCCUGGAUGUCCUGAGGGAGAAACAGCCGGCUUUCGCCUCUAACACACUUUUAAAGGAGAAGAUAAACGUGAUCCGUAACGAGGGGACCGCAGCGCUCGAGCGCCUGGCAGAUGACGUGGAUUUGAUCAUCCUGCUGAGUCUGUUUGAGACGGAGAUCAUGUCGUUUAUACCCCCAGCGACCCACGUACAGACCCACGCAGACCGGGCUUAUUCCCCACGUGGGUCACCACAGGCGUCUCCCCAGGCCUCCCCAGGUCUGCAGCGGGCCAAUGCCAGAGCACCUGCCCCGUACCGCAGAGAUUUUGAGUCGAAACUGAGGAACUUCUACAGAAAACUGGAGUCGAAGGGCUACGGACAGGGUCCAGGCAAGCUCAAGUUGAACAUCAGAAGGGACCACCUCCUGUCCGACACCUUUAACAAGAUUAUGGGCACCACGAAGCGUGACCUGCAGAGGAACAAGCUGUAUGUCACGUUUGUUGGGGAGGAGGGGCUGGACUACGGAGGGCCGAGCCGAGAGUUUUUCUUCCUCCUGUCCCGGGAGCUCUUUAACCCGUACUACGGGCUGUUCGAGUACUCCGCAAACGAUCAGUACACCGUCCAGGUCAGCCCCAUGUCAGCAUUCGUGGACAACGCACACGACUGUCGAUGGAAAGUGCCUUACCCCUGGUUCAGGUUCAGUGGGCGUAUCCUGGGCCUGGCCCUCAUACACCAGUACCUGCUAGAUGCCUUCUUCACCAGACCUUUCUACAAAGCCCUGCUACGAACGCCAUGUGACAUCAACGACCUUCAGGCCGUGGAUGAGGAGUUCUACGCGUCGCUGCAGUGGAUCAAGGACAACGACAUCACCGACAUCCUGGAGCUGACCUUCAGCGUGGACGAGGAGGUCUUCGGACAGGUAACAGAGCGCGAGCUGAUCACCAACGGUAAGAACGUGCCAGUAACAGAGAAGAACAAGCUGAACUACAUCGAGCGCGUUGUGAAGUGGCGUUUGGAGCGCGGCGUGGCCGAGCAGACGGAGUCGCUGGUCCGGGGGUUCUACGAGGUCAUCGACACGCGGCUGGUGUCCGUGUUCGACGCGCGGGAGCUCCAGCUGGUGAUCGCCGGAACGGCUGAGAUCGACAUCGUCGACUGGAGGAAAAACACUGAGUACAGAUCCGGUUACCAUGACCGCCACCCGGUGAUCCAGUGGUUCUGGACGGCCGUGGAGAGGUUUGAUAACGAGAGGCGACUUCGACUCCUGCAGUUUGUGACGGGAACCUCCAGUAUCCCGUACGAGGGUUUUGCGGCUCUGCGCGGGAGCAACGGGCCGAGGAAGUUCUGCAUCGAGAAGUGGGGCAAGAUUUCUGCUCUGCCCAGAGCCCACACAUGUUUUAACCGCCUGGACCUCCCCCCGUACCCGUCCUACGCUAUGCUGUAUGAGAAGCUGAUUAUUGCAGUGGAGGAGACCAGCACCUUCGGCAUGGAGUGAGCAGCAGCGCCCCCGUGAGGUUUGAAUCGGUACUGCAGCUUGCCUUGUCUGAUGGGGCAGAGCGGAAACUUGACUCUUUACUCCAGCUGGGGAUGAAACAGCCAUUUUGCUCGGUGUAGCUGUAAGCUAAUACAGCAAGCUGAUACCCGAUACAGGUAACCCGAUACCCAAGCUGAAAUAUCGUGUUACAGCUGUGAGAACAGCACAUCCCCUACAGCUGUGACUGGACUUGUGCCACCUGCAGCCGUCUGUAUUUGUGUAAAGCCAUGUGUAAAGCCAUGCGUUAACUUGUCUCACCUCAACAUGCCACCUGAUACAGCUGUGAGAACAUUUUCCACCUGAUACAGCUCUGAGAACAUUUGCCACCUGAUACAGCUGUGAGAACCUUUGCCACCUGAUACAGCUGUGAGAACCUUUGCCACCUGAUACAGCUGUGAGAACCUUUGCCACCUGAUACAACUGUGAGAACCUUUGCCACCUGAUACAGCUGUGAGAACCUUUGCCACCUGAUACAGCUGUGAGAACCUUUGCCACCUGAUGCAGCUGUGAGAACCUCUGCCACCUGAUAUAGCAGCAGCCAAUCACUGAUCAGGAUACUGCAGCCAAUCACUGAUCAAGAUACUGUGGCAGCCAAUCACUGAUCAGGAUACUGCAGCAGCCAAUCACUGAUCAGGAUACUGCAGCCAAUCACUGAUCAAGAUACUGUGGCAGCCAAUCACUGAUCAGGAUACUGCAGCAGCCAAUCACUGAUCAGGAUACAGCAGCCAAUCACGUGAUCAGGAUACAGCAGCCAAUCACUGAUCAGGUUACUGCAGCCAAUCACAGAUCAGGAUAGUGCAGCAGCCAAUCAUGGAUCAGGAUACAGCAGCCAAUCACUGAUCAGGAUACAGCAGCCAAUCACUGAUCAGGAUACAGCAGCCAAUGACUGAUCAGGAGAGCUUCUGUCAGCCAAUCAGGAGCAGGCUGUAUACCUGAGGCUAUCUGAUUGGCUGAUGACAUGUGAUGAUGUCAGGUGACAGUGGUUCUCUCACACAGGUGAUCAGGCAAGGUCACGACCUUCAGCUCAAGGUUGCGACCUUCAGCUUCAUCAGGAAGAUCAGCUGGUCAGAAUUUGUUUGUUUGUUUGUUUCUGUGUAAACCAUAUAUUCCAUUCAGUAUAAUGUGAACUACUUAAUAAAUGCAGUAUAAAUAAGACUUAUUCAGAACUCAGCUUUAUGAGAUGGAGACAAAGUCACAAGUCUGUAAAUUUCAUGACUUGAGUCAAACUUUUAGUUAUGUUAGAAAAUUGUGACGUAUCUAGGCUGAGCCAGGGUUGGUGCUGUUGUGUUGAAGCCAUCGGGAAAGAUGUAAUUAUUAUCUCUGAUCUUGUGUGAGAAAUGCCAGUCUUAUCUGUAAGUAUGUUACCCACAGCACACAAGACAUUAUAUAAGCCAUGAGCAGUAGCGUUCCUACAUGUGUGUGUCUCUAGGUGAGUCCAGACAGAGGCUUGUGCAAUAUGUAUCUGUACAGUCCAAACCAAUGCAGGCAAUACCAACUUUGCUGACUUUGUGUGACUUUUCAGAACAAAUGAGAAAUAAUAACUAUGAAAGAGAUUCAGUGAAUGAAGAAUUUAGUCAAGCCUGUGUUCAGUAGAAUUACACAGAAACUCUUAGAGUAGGCUUUCUUAAAAAAUGUGAAAUUUUAAGCAGGCAAUUUUGAAAUGCUUUUAAAAUUGGUGAGGCCUUAAAUACUGGGACAACUCUGCCAACCAACCAGGUGCCCACAGAGAUGGUAGUGUUAGACCCUGUAAAAACCAGCAGGUUCCAUGGAGGUGAUUGUGUUAGACUCUGUAAAACAAGAAGGAUCUGUGGAGAUUAUUGUGUUAGACCCAGUAAAAACAUCAGGUUCCAUGGAGGUGAUUGUGUUAGACCCUGUAAAAUAGCCAAGGAACAAAACUGUUGGGGCCUGUCAUUCGAAGUGUAUAGCUAGCUACAGGUUGUACUGAAGGUCAACUGAAAAACUAGCGCUAGGUUGAACUGAUUAGCAGAAGGUCGACUGUAUAACUAGCGCUAGGUUGAAAUGAAGGUCAACUGUAUAACUAGCGCUAGGUUAUACUGAAGGUAGCAUGUAUAGCGCUAGGUUAUACUGAAGGUAGCAUGUAUAGCGCUAGGUUAUACUGAAGGUAGCAUGUAUAGCGCUAGGUUAUACUGAAGGUAGCAUGUAUAGCGCUAGGUUAUACUGAAUGUAGCGCUAGGUUGUACUGCAUAUGUGUGUUUCCUACCACAGAAUAUUUCCUGCACAGCUACUGCAGAUAAUCUGAUUGGACAGAUAUUAUAGCUGAUGAUGAUGAUAUGAUGAUGAUGAUGUAAUCUUCCUUACAGCCUAUAUGAAGAAUAGCAAUUUUAAAUGCUGGUAUCGGCCAGAUGAUGAUGAUGAUGAUGAUAGGCCAUUAGGAACUAUCCCUGCACUCUGUACAAUUGAAAAUUAUGGCCUUGCAGCGAGAUUUGUUUUUUUAAUUAUUAGUGAAUUAUUUAAAAUUUAUUUUAUUGUGAUACAAAAGUGGUUACAUUAAUGGGCCACUUGUGAUAUUCUGUUGUUGCAAUGGGGAGAAUUUGAAACUGUACAUUCUAUCAUUCCUAAUGAACUAAUUAGAAUCUACAUGUACUAGCAAAUGUUAUGAUUAUAUCCUAGCCCUGCUGUUACAGUAGUGAUUCCUGUAGUUCCAUGUGAUCAGUAGUACAUACUCCAGCUCCGAACAAAAUUCCAACUUUUCCAAGUAAACAGACGAGACUACUGACUGCUAGUCUCCAAACAGAGCGGUUUGGAAAGUCUGGACGUUUUCUGACAAGUUGCGUCUUCAGAAACCAAUUUUUCCUCCCCAACAUCUGCUUGAUAAUUGCUGUCAGGACUUCAGAAAUAUCUUCUGCGCUCCACUUUGUGACAGUCUGUACGUCGGACAAAUUACUGAAUGUAAGAGACACUAUAUUUCUAUGCUGCAAUAUUAAAUGGCAAAGGGUGACGCAAUAAUCACGCAAAACAGCCGCUUGCAGAAUUUUCUGAAGCCAUUUUGAUGUGAGAUACGUUCUGUACACAUCUGCUAAUAUUAUAUAAUAUUACAUAAUACAUGUAUAUAUAUAUGUUGAUUCUAUUGUUUUGCCAUACAUCAAUGUUGAUUGUAUUGGUUUUGUAAAUUUGUGUCAAAUUAGUGCUAAACUUUGCUGCUAAACCAGUGAUCUAACAGUGAAUGUGAUUGGUCUAGAUUUUAUGUGCUUGAAGCAACAGCCAAUGAAAUCUGUUUUAUUAACUUCCAUGCAGUCUAUGUAUCACUCUGUGUGAUUGGCUAUGUUCUUACUGCUGAGAGAGCAACAGCCAAUGAAAUGGUCCAUUUGUUUCAUUAACUUCCAUGCAGUCAAUGAGUCGCUCUGUGCGAUUGGCUAGUGCUAACCUCUGACCUGGUGUCACAGAGACAUUUGAGGAGCAACGUAGAUUUUACACCGAACGUCCUGAUUGGUUGUAGAUUUUACACCGAACGUGCUGAUUGGUUGUAGAUUUUACACCGUAUGUGCUGAUUGGUUGAUUUUAAAUGUCGUUAUGGAACAUAUUCAACAUAAACAGCUCAGUACUGACA